CUGCGCUGUCCGCCCGCUCCUCCCGCCCGGCCCGGCCUCUCCCGGGAGCUGCCGCACCAACAGCGCCACAACACCGGCCGAUCCAGCAGUAAGCAACCAUGAAUGAGGUGGUGGAGACCCUGAGGAAGAUUGAGGAGAAGUACAAGCUGUUCCAGCAGCAGCAGUUCACCUUCAUCAGAGCCCUGGAGCGCACCCGGGAGGAAGCCCAUGACAUGAUGAGACCUGUGUCAUCCAUUGUCCAGGUGCAGUGCUACAAGGACAACCAUUGCUACAACGCCACAGACAGGCGCAUCCUCAACAUGUUCGUGUCCCUGUGCAACGAGCUGCGCUGCCUGAGCCAGAAGAUGGAGACGGUGCACGCUGGGGACAGCGUCACCAACGGCCUUUUGGAGAAGUGCAAAUUGCUCCUGAACGACAGCAACGACCUCACUGCCCUUCGAGCCACGUACCCCCACGGUGUUGUGAACCACCUGAGCCUGGAGGAGGCACAGCAUCGCUAUGGAGGGGUGGUGAGCUUGCUGCCCAUCGUUCUGGACAGCAUGAGGGACUGGGUCACACACUCCAACCUGAAAGUCCUCUAUAUUGUGAGUCCUGGAUGUGCCAGGUGCAAGGAGGAGACACCCACUUCCCAAACAGCACCUGAAGCUCUGACCUCCAAUAGUAAUGAAAAUACUGUAAAAUUGCAGGACAAGGAUUUCAAGAAAUUCCUGGCUGCAAAUCAACGUCCGCAAAAAAAGAAAGCUCCCUGGAGGCCACCAGGCAAACACCCCUAUUAAAGGAUCAGAGCUCCUGCAUCAUCUGCUCACCACCUUUAAGCACCUAGCUGAUCUAAUACACUGCAAUGAACACUUGAGA